CAUCGCCAUGUAUCGCCCAAAGCUGCAGAACGUCGGAGAUCUCGGCCAGGUCACCCUGCUGCUGAUCACCCUUUUUCGACCCAUUCAUGGACUUCUGCUCUAUCCCGCCUCGACGGUGCUCCAGCUGACCUCAUCUGUCUCCAUUCCCGCCGACCUCAACACCCGCACCAAAGUCUUCAUGGACAUGGGCUUCCAGAUGAACUACAACCUGCCGGCCACGGUGUCCGCCUUCUACAAUGCCACCAUCUGGGCAGAUGAGCUGUCCCGGAGGCAAAAGCGCCAGUUGGACAACAGUCUGGAUGCAAAUCUGCAGCAGUUGGAUCUGGAGGGCGGCAUGCAUCCGGGUGAUUUUACGGCCGGACAACUGUACAAGGGUGUAGAAAAUAUGCUCGAGACCUAUGGUUUCCACAGAUCCUGUCUGCUCCGAAGUGUCUGUGAGCUGGCCCUGCAUCCCUUCGCCGAGAACCACUUCUAUGGAAUGGUCACCGAAGUCAUAACCUUCCUGCUCACACCAUCUCAACACGAGGGAUUCACUGAGGACGAGCAGCAUUAUCGUGAUAGAUACGAAAAAGCCGAGCAAAUUGGCUUUCUCGGUGGCCAGUGCCAUCUAUCAUAUCCGAGUUGUGAAGCAGAUAUCAUAAAUCUAGUCACCCGACUGGUCAGAUGAAAUAAAUAUC